GGAACCAGUGGAUGAGGUACUGCAGAUACCCCCAUCCUUGCUGACAUGUGGUGGCUGCCAGCAGAACAUAGGGGACCGCUACUUCCUGAAAGCCAUCGACCAGUACUGGCAUGAGGAUUGCCUCAGCUGUGACCUCUGUGGAUGCCGGCUGGGAGAGGUGGGGCGGCGCCUCUACUACAAGCUGGGACGGAAGUUGUGCAGGAGAGACUAUCUCAGGCUUUUUGGUCAAGAUGGUCUCUGUGCUUCCUGUGACAAGCGGAUCCGUGCCUAUGAGAUGACGAUGCGAGUGAAAGACAAAGUGUAUCACCUGGAGUGUUUCAAGUGUGCUGCCUGCCAGAAGCAUUUCUGUGUAGGUGACAGAUACCUUCUCAUCAACUCCGACAUAGUGUGUGAACAAGACAUCUAUGAGUGGACUAAGAUCAAUGGGAUGAUUUAGACCAGAGUCCCCAGCACCUUGGGGAGGUGUUCAGUGAAAACACUGUCUCAGUGGGGGUCUUCAUUCUUAGGCACUUUGGGAACCUGAGGGUGGGUGAGGCAUUUCUUAGGAGAUUGUGGGCUCUCCUUGGGCACUAAGACAUAGCAUCCACAUGACAUAAUGCAAAGGCCAAGACUUCAGCGACAAAAGGACCAGCCCUUAGAGAGAAUUUAUGGUCACAGACUAUCCAUAGUAACUGACAAGAUUAGUGGAGGAAGUAUUUGGGGACCAGCAUGCACUGUGCCAUCAUGAUAGGAUUUCCCAGAUAGGCAGUGUUGGGUAUAGAUUAGGUGUGACUGUGGCAUUUAUGGACUAGAGAUGUGCAAUUAAUUUCUUCCUGGCUUUGGAACAACCCUAUUCUAACCACUGUUCUUCACACUAGGGAAGGAAAGAGAGAGGAGAACAGUCAUUCUUUUUUUCUUGGUCACCUUCCCAAGGCCUAAAGUGUUGGGGCCAGAGGAAACUGCAUGGAAAUACAUUUCAGUUGGGAAUGAAAUACACAUCUUUCAAUCAAACAAAUAUUUAAAGCAAUCUUGAUGAAUCACUGUUUUUAGACACCUUCAUUUUGAGGUGAGGCACCCCCCACACACAGAUUGUUUCUAUACAAAUGUAAAUCUUAAGAAGUCAAAGUUGUUCAACUAUUUUAUUAUCUUAGAUUAUAUCAAAGUAUUUGUUGUGUGUCAUUAGAAAAACAAACCUCAAUUUGGAGACUUAAUAAAAAUGACAAGCUAAAAUGCA